GGACCCCGGCACCUACCCAUGCCUAGGUGAGUUCGCGUGAGCCGCCGCCGCCGCCGCCGUCCCGUCCCCGCCGCCGCCCCGCGCGGCCCCGCCGCAGGCCAGGAUGCUGGAGGAAGCAGGAGAGGUGCUGGAGAACAUGCUGAAGGCAUCGUGCCUGCCGCUCGGCUUCAUCGUCUUCCUGCCCGCCGUGCUGCUGCUCGUGGCGCCGCCGCUGCCCGCCGCCGACGCGGCGCACGAGUUCACCGUGUACCGCAUGCAGCAGUACGACCUGCAGGGACAGCCCUACGGCACGCGGAACGCGGUGCUGAACACGGAGGCGCGCACCAUUGACGCGGACGUCCUGAGCCGGCGCUGCGUGCUCAUGCGGCUGCUGGACUUCUCGUACGAGCGCUACCAGCGCGCCCUACGCCAGUCGGCCGGUGCCGUGGUCAUCAUCCUGCCGCGGGCCAUGGCCGCGGUGCCGCAGGACGUCAUCCGGCAAUUCAUGGAGAUCGAGCCCGAGAUGCUGGCCAUGGAGACCAUCGUGCCCGUGUACUUCGCCGUGGAGGACGACGCUCUGCUGUCCAUCUACGAGCAGACGCAGGCUGCAUCCGCCUCCCAGGGCUCCGCUUCUGCCGCCGAAGUGCUGCUUCACACCGCCACCGCCAACGGCUUCCAGAUGGUCACCAGCGGGGUCCAGAGCAAGGCCGUGAGCGACUGGCUCAUCACCAGCGUGGAAGGGCGGCUGACUGGGCUGGGCGGAGAGGACCUGCCUACCAUCGUCAUCGUGGCCCACUACGAUGCCUUUGGGGUGGCCCCGUGGCUGUCGCACGGCGCGGACUCCAAUGGGAGUGGCAUCUCCGUGCUGCUGGAGCUCACCCGUCUCUUCUCCCGGCUCUAUACCUACAAGCGCACCCACGCCGCGUACAACCUCCUGUUCUUUGCUUCUGGAGGAGGAAAGUUCAACUACCAGGGCACCAAGCGCUGGUUAGAAGACAAUCUGGACCACACAGAUUCCAGCCUGCUCCAGGACAACGUGGCCUUCGUCCUCUGCCUGGACACCCUGGGCCGGGGGGACAGCCUGCACCUGCACGUGUCCAAGCCGCCCAGGGAGGGGACGCUACAGCACUCCUUCCUGCGGGAGCUCGAGACGGUGGCCGCCCACCAGUUCCCCGAGGUGCGGUUCUCCAUGGUGCACAAGAAGAUCAACCUGGCGGAGGACAUCCUGGCCUGGGAGCAUGAGCGCUUCGCCAUCCGCCGGCUGCCUGCCUUCACCCUGUCCCAUCUGGAGAGCCACCGUGACGGCCAGCGCAGCAGCAUCAUGGACGUGCGGUCCCGGGUUGACUCUAAAACCCUGACCCGAAACACGAGGCUCAUCGCCGAGGCCCUGACCCGUGUCAUCUACAACCUGACGGAGAAGGGGACGCCCCCGGACAUGCCAGUCUUCACGGAGCAGAUGCAGAUCCAGCAGGAGCGGCUGGACUCGGUGAUGGACUGGCUGACCACCCAGCCGCGGGCCGCGCAGCUGGUGGGCAAGGACGGCCCGCUCCUCAGCACGCUGGAGCACUACCUCAGCCACUACCUGAAGGAGGUCAGGCCGCACCACGUCAAGGCCGACAAGCGGGACCCUGAGUUUGUCUUCUACGACCAGCUGAAGCAGGUGAUGAACGCCUACAGGGUCAAGCCGGCCAUUUUCGACCUGCUUCUGGCCGUCUGCAUCGGCGCCUACCUCGGGAUGGCCUACACGGCGGUCCAGGUGAGCAGGGGACUGGGGGAGGCGAGGCCUCUCAGGAGAUCUCUUGGGCAGCCCGAGGGCCUUCCUGUUGGCGGGGUCGCCCGACCUCACUGGAGCCCUCCCGCUGCCCCCAGCACUUCGACCUCCUGUACAAAACAGUUCAGAGACUGCUGAAGGCCAAGACGCAGUGACAUGGCUGCUCCGCGCCGGCAGGAGGGCAGGGCCUUGCCCCUCGGCAGCUGUAACCCUGAAUUACAGAGCUUUUCUGUGUUGCUCUUGAGGAUUUGGGGACUUCUUUCUCUUGUUUAUCCUUUGAGCUCCCUCGGAGGAGCGCUGGUGGAGGUCUGGUCUGGGGCCUGGCCGCGGACUCGGGGACAGAAGUGUGGAUGAGCCCCCGCCCUGGAGUUGGCCCCGUGGCCCUCGGGGCGCGUAAGCCACGCCAGGAAAGAGGAACUGCGCCCAGCUCAGCCUCGCCCUCACCCCGGCCCGUGAUGCUGGCCCGUGAUGCUGACCGUGGACCUGGCGGUCGCAGGCCAACAGGGUCAGGGCCAGGCCACCCCCGUGCUGGCUCUGCGUCUGACCUCGAGGCUAUCCCCACCCCCUCCGUCGACCCGGGUACUCCCUUCCCUCCCGUCUGGAGAGGGUGGCGCCGCCUCUGGGUCUCCGGGUUCUGGCCGCCCCCUUGCAGCCUUGUGCCCUCACCCAGCCGGCCCUGGGACGCGACUCCCCUGAGCCCCCUUGGGCGGCUGGCGCCUUGAACACCUGGCAGCCUCCCCAGGGGCCCUUGCGCUGCUCACCCUGCUUCGCACUGCCUCUGCCCCUCCUGUCCCCGCCCCGGACUCUUGGGGCUCUGCGCUCAGCCUGUCCCCCUGCGGAGCCCCCAGGGCAGGGGGCGGCCCCUCUGCUCAUUUCCUUGGGCCUUGGUUUCCUCAUAUGCAAGGAGGAGGAUGCUUUCGGGGGGAGUGGGCACCCCCCCACCCCAGGAGGAGACGUGACCAUGGGAGCAGCUCUUCCUGGGACCCUGCGGGGGCGGGUCCGGGCCUGAGUCCCACAAACCAGGUGCCUGGUGGGGCCUGAGCCGCUCAGAAGGGGUGGAGGGGGCAGGGCUGGGACUGACCUCAGGGAGACCCAGGUGUUCAGAUUCAUUAGCAAUACAGUCAGUUAAGUGUUGAGUGCUGGGGCGUCAGGGUCCAGGAGAGGGGACUCCAGGGGCCUCCUGGCCACCGGGGAGGGCUCGCCUGCCUUCUGGUUCUGAGGGGCCUGGAGGGGCUGGGGACUGGCUUGCUCCCAAAGCUGCCCGAUGCUCACUGGAGGGAACGGGCUCCUGGGGGCUCCUGGCUCGGCUGACUGUCCGUCCCGUCAGGCCUGGGAGGGGCAGGCGUGGAGGCUGCAGGUCCUCUCUCUCGUCCCUCCCUCUCCCUGCCCGGUGGCCCGUCUCCCCCAAAGACUGUUUACCGAGUGCCCGGCCACCUCUGGGGCGGGUAUGGGCCCGGCCCCGCCCGGCCCAUCCUAUCCUUCCCCACGUGUGAGUGUGUGAGCCAUGGACGAGCUGUGGUUGCCGCGUGAGCGUCCUUCCUCCCCAGGGCACAUGGUCAGGAUCGCUGACCAGUUGGAGCUCAGGAUGCUUGUGGGACGUGGCCGGACGAUCAGAAAUAAAGCCAUAAUGAAUGACA